ACCUGUGAAUUCAAAUCUAUUGAAAUAAGACUCAUUGAUCGGGAUGGCGAAACAAACCAGAGACUAGUUCUUUCAUCUAUUGGGAAAAGAAAAGUCAUGAGUUAACCCUACAACUAAAAUAGCGACGAAAAGAGUCAAUAUUCGCCCGUGAAAACUUUAUCUUCUUGGAUUGAUAAUUUUUGCUCAAUCCAAUAGGAUAAAAAGAAAAAAAUAAAAUAAUAAUACUAUAUUAAAAUAAAAAAAAAAUUAAUAUGUUUAGUUAGCUAAAAAAGCAAGAUAUACAAAUGAUAAUAGACAUUUUGAAAAUUUGAUUAUUCGCGAGGAGCUGGAUGAGAAGAAACUCUCAUGUCCAGUUCUGUAGUAGAGAUGGAAUUCAGAACCAACCAUCAACUAUAACCCCAAAAGAACCAGAUUCCGUAAACAACAUAGAGGAAGAAUGAAGGGAAUAUCUUAUCGAGGUAAUCAUAUUUCUUUUGGUAAAUAUGCUCUUCAGGCACUUGAACCCGCUUGGAUCACGUCUAGACAAAUAGAAGCAGGUAGACGGGCAAUGACACGAAAUGCACGUCGCGGUGGAAAAAUUUGGGUACGUAUAUUUCCAGACAAACCGGUUACAGUAAGACCCGCAGAAACACGUAUGGGUUCGGGGAAAGGAUCCCCUGAAUAUUGGGUAGCUGUUGUUAAACCAGGUCGAAUACUUUAUGAAAUGGGUGGAGUAACAGAAAAUAUAGCCAGAAGAGCGAUUUCAAUAGCAUCCUCCAAAAUGCCUAUACGAACUCAAUUUAUUAUUUCGGGAUAAAAAAAAUCGCGGGUGCCGGUUUGUUUCUUUGGACAAACAAUAUUUCUUUUUUUUUUUUGUUCACUCUUUCUUUUGCAUUGAAAGAAUAGAUUCUAACAAAAUUAUAUGAUUCAACCCCAGACCCUUUUGAAUGUAGCAGAUAACAGCGGGGCUCGAGAAUUGAUGUGUAUUCGAAUCAUAGGAGCUAGCAAUCGUCGAUAUGCUCAUAUCGGUGACGUUAUUGUUGCUGUGAUCAAAGAAGCAGUGCCAAAUAUGCCCCUAGCAAGAUCAGAGGUGGUCAGAGCUGUAAUUGUACGUACUUGUAAAGAACUCAAACGUGAUAACGGUAUGAUAAUACGAUAUGAUGACAAUGCUGCGGUUGUCAUUGACCAAGAAGGAAACCCCAAAGGAACUCGAAUUUUUGGUGCAAUUGCCCGUGAAUUGAGACAGUUAAAUUUUACUAAAAUAGUUUCAUUAGCUCCGGAGGUAUUGUAAGGUCUUAUAAAAAAAGAAAAUACCAUCAUAUGGUUAUAGUAAAGUAUUUGAAAGAAAGAGAUUAAGAAAUAUUAUAUUCAUAAUUUUUAGUAGAUUGUGUCUCAUGCAUAUGCCUUUAAUUGAAAUAAAAAUUCAUAAAAAAAUAAGUAAAUAAAUAUGUUUAUUAUAUCAAAAUUGGGAGCACCAAGAAAUUUAAUUCACCAUGGGUAGGGAUAUUAUUGCUGACAUAAUAACUUCUAUACGAAAUGCUGAUAUGGAUCGAAAAAGGGCGGUUCGAAUAGCAUCUACUAAUAUCACUGAAAAUAUUGUUAAAAUACUUUUACGAGAAGGUUUUAUUGAAAACGUGAGAAAACAUAAAGAAACCAAAAAAGAUUUUUUGGUUUUAACCCUACGACAUAGAAGGAAUAGGAAAAGAUCUUAUAGAAAUUUUUUAAAUUUAAAACGGAUCAGUCGGCCUGGUCUACGAAUCUAUUCGAACUACCAACGAAUUCCUAGAAUUUUAGGUGGGAUGGGAAUUGUAAUUAUUUCUACUUCCCGAGGUAUAAUGACAGACCGAGAAGCUCGACUAGAACGAAUUGGCGGAGAAGUUUUGUGUUAUAUAUGGUAAUCUUUCUAAUAUACGAAUUGGGUCCGAAACUUCUUAUUUGUGAAAACAAAAAGAAAAGGGGCGGGUUGUCUAAUAUCGUUCCUCCUCCAUCAAUUGAUACUUCAAGGAGGCUUUACCUGUAAUGAAAGAACAAAAAUGGAUUCAUGAAGGUUUAAUUACUGAAUCCCUUCCCAACGGUAUGUUCCGUAUUCGCUUAGAUAAUCAAGAUAUGAUUCUAGGUUAUGUUUCAGGAAAGAUCCGACGUAGUUUUAUACGGAUACUACCAGGCGAUAGAGUAAAAAUUGAAGUAAGUCGUUAUGAUUCAACCAGAGGACGUAUAAUUUAUCGACUUCGCAAUAAGGAUUCGAAAGAUUAGGUGUUUUUAUCAACUUCAACAUUCCUUUCGUGAGAAGAUGAUUCGAGAUGAAAAAUUCCAAGAAACCUAUUUUCUUCCAAAAAAUAGAUUCAGAAUUCAAAUGAGGAAUGCCAAAUAUGAAAAUAAGAGCUUCUGUUCGUAAAAUUUGUGAAAAAUGUCGACUAAUCCGUAGGCGGGGACGAAUUAUAGUAAUUUGUUCCAACCCAAGACAUAAACAAAGACAAGGAUAAUCAGACUUGUUAAAACACCCCAUGUAAAAGUAAAAAAG